CUCACACAAAACACACUCAAACCCUCGCUGCCUAGCUUUAUCGCCUUCUCCCCGUAUAAAAACACGCCAAGAUCACGCUUGCUCGCUUAGCCCUAGCUACAACAAUCUAAUCUAUCUCUGCUUCCAAUUCCCAUACAAAGCUAGAGCUAACUCUGAGUUAAACUGCGACAUUACACAAUGAGGCUUCACCAUCUGCAUGUGGCCUACCUGGAUCACAAAGCGUCGUCGUCCUCGUCGUCUCCGGCGCCACCAUCCAUCUCCCCGUCGUCGAUCCCCGGAUCGGCCGCCUUCCCUGCUUUCUCCUUCAAAUGCCUCCGCCCGCUCGCGCCCAAGAUCUCGCUGCCGGAGCCGAGGAAGAUGAUCGCGCCGCCGGACUUCGUCGUCCCUCGCGCCAGAAACGCUUCCAAGCUGCUCAACUACACUGUGCAGGUGCCGGCGGCGGGGACGACGAGGUGGAACCCGUCGGCGGAGCAGAUAAAGGUGCUGGAGAUGCUGUACCGCGGCGGGAUGCGGACGCCGAACUCCGUCCAGAUCGAGCGGAUCACGGAGGAGCUCGGCAAGUACGGCCGGAUCGAGGGCAAGAACGUCUUCUACUGGUUCCAGAAUCACAAGGCCCGCGAGCGCCAGAAGCAGAAGCGCGCCGCCCUCCUCACCCUCAGCACGCUCGACCCUUCCUUGCUGCCCGCUACCGCUAACGAAACCAAAGAGGCACCGGAGAAGAAGGAGAAGGACGUGGAAGAUGGAUUGGCGAGCUGCAAGCGGCGGUGCAAGGCGUGGGGUGACGGCGCCGGCGAUGGAGACGCGGUGGUGGCGACGGAGGCGGCCGGCGGCUGCACCGACGAAGUGACCCUGGAGCUCUUCCCGUUGCAUCCCCAGGGAAAAGCUUAAUUAGCUGCAUGUGCAUAUAUGUAUACUCCGUCGAUCGUCUGUCACGCAUGGUAUCAUCAUGGAUUGGCCGGGUUGAUGUUGAUUGUGGAAAUUAAAUUCCCUCGUCUUUGCGUGUGCAUUGUGUUGUAGUUGGUCGAUCGUGUGUUUGGAUUGCUUUGAACAUAUAAUGCAUUGUGUUGUGGCCGGGUGCUUGAUCGGAAGAAUAUAAUCAGUAGUUCCAAACUGGAA